UCCAUUUCAUCUCUCUCUUUAUAAUAUAGUCAAAAACUAUUAUAAAUUAGGUUAUUAUUAUUAAUUGUAAUUAAUUAAGAAAAAAUGGAAGAUUUAAUAAUAAGCGGACAGGCAGAGGCAGAGGCAGAGGCCGAGGCAGGAUCAUCGAGUGGGGCAGCAGGUCAUGACGAUGCCAAGACCUGCCCCCGCGGUCACUGGCGUCCGGCUGAGGAUGAGAAGCUCCGGCAGCUUGUGGAGCAAUAUGGUGCCCAGAAUUGGAAUUCUAUUGCUGAAAAACUCCAUGGAAGAUCAGGGAAGAGUUGUAGAUUGAGGUGGUUUAAUCAACUAGACCCGAGAAUUAAUCGAAGACCAUUUACAGAAGAAGAAGAGGAAAGACUAUUAGCAGCUCAUCGAAUCCAUGGCAACAAAUGGGCCCUAAUUGCUAGGUUAUUCCCUGGAAGAACUGACAAUGCUGUUAAAAAUCAUUGGCAUGUUAUUAUGGCAAGAAAACAAAGGCAACAAUCCAAAACAUCAUCAUUAACACAUAAUCAUCAUCAUCAUUAUCGUCUCCAAUCAUCAUCUUUCAAUUUUUCUUUCUCCACCCCCAAUACCCCUAAUAAUAAUAAUAUUCCCUUUAAUCAGAUUACUGAUCAUCGAGACCUAAGAGGUUACUAUUUCGGCUUAGGGAUUAAUAAUAAUUCUAAGUCUUCAUUACCUUUAUCUUCUUCUUCUUGGAACUUCGCUAAUUCAACAAGAAUGAUCAAACCACCACCACCACCAUCGUCUUCAUCAAGAGAUAAUAAUAAUCAAAUGAGCUUUUUUAGGUCUUGUUCCAAUUACAAUAGGCCAAUAUUAAGCUACAACAGAAGAGUUGCUCCUCCAAUUCCCUUUACUGAUCAUCAUCAUCAUAAUAAUAAUAAUAAUCAUCAUCUUCAUCCAGUGGUGAGAUCGGAUUAUCAUAAUAAUAAUGAUUACAAUGAUCACAAUAAUAAUAUUUCUGGUUGUGAAUUUAGUGAUGUUCAACAAAGAAAGCGCGGGAAAAUAAUAAAAGAAAGUGAUACGUUGAAAUUAGGGCAAAAUGGCCAAGAUCAUCAUCAAUCCAACAUGGAAUCCAACGAAGUGAUUCCUUUCAUAGAUUUUCUUGGUGUGGGAGUUUCUUCUUCUUGAAUAUAUAUAUACUACAAAUAUAUAUAUAAAUCUUUUAUUUUUUUAUAUAUAGUUUAAUUAUAGUUAGUAUACCAUUUUCUGACUUUUCUGAUAUAUAUUAUAUAUUAUAUACAUAUAUGCAUGUAGGAAGUUUGGCAUGCAAAUGUUUUGCCUUGUAAUAUUAUUAGCUACCUAUAUAGAUAGAUAUGUAUAGUACAUCACUGUUUUAUGUAUUGAAUUAAUAAUUGAAUUUUCAUUAUAAAUA